AUGAUUUCAGCACAUAUCAGGCUCACCCGCACCUCUUCAGAUUUACGAGCCUUGCUUUCUUUGGUACCACCAUCGCCGAUACUGACCCCAAGUCAACUGUCUACAACGUUUAGCUCAGGGGAUAUUCCAAUAAUUCUCGAUUUCUCUAUGGAUCCUUUUACUUCGGCAUGUUCAGUACAACAGCCUGAGAUCCAUGGACACGAUAGCUUUUUGAACUUGCAUGCUGAUGACAGUAUCACAACCAUCAAUACGAUUGGCACUUUUGGCCCGAUGCAGGAUCGCUUUCCUGAUAGGUAUUCCUCCGCUUCAACAACUUCUUUCGGUUUGGGCCUCCAUCAUAAUGGCGGUAUUGCUUCUCUUGUGGGCGGAUCGGUUUUGGAGAUACCUCAAUUGUCCCGAUCUCGCGUGAAUUCUGACUAUAGUCUUUCUACUGAAGCCCACCCCGUAGUGAAUCAAUACAAUUCCACAGGAGAUGAAGUUUAUACUGAUGGUAGAUUUCCCAUCAGCCCAUCUGGAAAUCAAGUCCCGGAGCAUGCGGAUUCGCAUCGUGCCUUUGGUUCGUCCUCUGAAGAAUCGCUGAGAAAUACUAGUAGUGCCUUUCCCCAUAACAUCAAAGACAAGGAAGGACAAACAUUGUUUCUGGCUCAUUCUCAAACGAUCGAGACGUUCUCUACUUUGCCUACCCCCAGCUUCGCGCCACCAACAUCCUCCUCGUAUGAUUCAUUUACUUCACCUUUUCCAUCUCAUCGGCACAGAAAUCGCCGUCCACUCGAGAGGGCAGGAGCUAUUCACCAGCGUCACAGUUUUACCAAAGCAGGAAAUCCUGAAGGAUCCCCCCGUUCUUCUUCGUUUUCGCCUUUAUUGAAAGCGAGUUUCUCUGGAUCUUGUUCGUCCCCUCCUCCGAUAACUCGGGGGUUUUCUGCUGCACCUCAUCAUCGUCGCUCUGAUUCUGCCUCUACGGCCACGUCCGCAUGGUCCUGUCCCUCAGUCCUGGUCAAUGUAAACGAAGCUUCUUCCGAAAUGGCCCCUUCCUUUUCAAAAUUUGGGCUGCUACCAAAAAGUUUGUCGUGGUUUAAGGAUAUCACCAUAGACCUUUGGAUCGAUCAAGAAGGUUUUCGAGCGAUUAAACCCUCUUUUAAGUUGGUUGGUUAUUCUCCACGAGGACGCUCACUAGAGCCUUACAGCCCUGUAUUGGGUGACGGAGGCACAGACCCCACCGCUGGCGUUGCUGAAUUCAUGCCAAUCAAACGGGAGACCUUUGUGUUCCAUUAUGCAACGCUCGAUGGCGCGCCAAUACUUCGUAGACUUACCACAGGGGGCGAUGAAGCGCGCGAUUAUAUUUCCCGCCAUGCUUCUUUGAACAUGAAGACUAACGGGGUGUACACAGUCCGCGGCUUGGAAUCAUCGUCUUUACCACCGGGAGGCUCUGAGAACAAUGGUUCUAGAUGUGAAAACAUCAAGCUAAAAUGGAAAUUCGAUUACAUCGUGGACGAUCGUCGCGUGGAUGCCACUAAGAAAAUCAUGCAUGGAGAGAAGACACUAACACCGUUAACGUUUUCUUGUUCACCGCUGCUGCUUCAUCCGUUGCAGGGCAAGAAGAUAGGAUUGAUGCACAUCGUCAAGAAAUCUGUUGUAGCGAAGGUUGUAGCUGAAAAAAUACAACCUCCCAAGUUCCCUGGAAAGGGAAAAAUGCCAAGCCCUCAAUUACAUCCAACGCUGAAGCCUGAUCUAUUAAUUCGUACUCAUAGUCGAUCUUGGUCGGACGCUCAUCCUAAAGCUCCCUACAGUGGAAGGCCAUCUGGAGCUGGCACCCCCAUGCUGGGCUCUCCACUAGGCCCGAGCAUCGAUGGUUUCUCAAAGGUCAUCGACGGUAGGAAGCAGAUUCAAUAUACUCAUAGGCGAAGGGCUUCCUCUGCAGGCGAACGUGGUACAAGUGGGACGAGCCGCUCAAUCAAGCCAAAUCCUACAGGACAGCAUAUUGUAUCUCCCUCUCGACUCACAGAGCUACUUGCCUCAAACAGCAAGGGCACCUCCCGGUCUGACCUUGGAAUGAAGAUGCUUAGCCCUCCUAGACACGGUAACCCUAAACUCGUGAGUAGGAGAGCAUCGUGA